AUGAUAAAGUUAAAAGAAGAAACAAAAAACGCUUUUUAUAAUUUAUUGAAAGCAACAUCAGUAAACGAGUUUCAACAAAUAAAUGAGAAAGACACAGAUGGUUGUACAAUAUUGCACCGAGCAGCACAAGUGUCAGAGCCAGAAAUAGUAGAGCUAUUAAUAAAAAAAGGAGCAAACGUUAACGAGAGAAAUAAUAGAAAUGAAACGCCGUUGCAUCUAGCAGCAUUUUUAGGGCGUAGAAAAAAUGUGAGAGCCCUGAUAAAGAACGGAGCCGAAGUAAAUGCAAGGUCUAAUAACAAAGCAGUGCCACUACAUUUGGCAAGUUUAGCAGGAAGAAUAAGGACAAUAGAAGAACUGAUAAAUGCAGGAGGAGAUAUGAAUGCAAUAGAUAGGUUUGAAUGCAGCCCACUAAACUAUGCAAAAAUUUAUCCGAGGGUGACAAGUUAUCUAGAAAAGAAGGGAGUGAAUAUGAGAGAUGUAGAAGUGAUGUAUGGAGAAGCAAACAAGGCAAUAGAAGAAAUAAUGGAAAGGUGUAAUAAAGGACCGGAGGGAGAAGUGAUGAGUUUUAAGGAAGUAGUGGAAUUAAUAGAAAAAGAAUCCUUACUACUCGAAGAGAAAUGGUUUAAUAUUGGGGUAAUUAUGAGAUUUAGUAAAAGAAGCAAGGAAGAAUUUAAUAAGUGGUGGAAAGAAUUAGUAGAGAGCUCAUUUGAAAAUAUUAAUAAAAGAGACAAGAAGGAAAGAACAAUAUUGCAUUAUGCAGUAGGAAUUUUAGAUCCAAAAAAAGUGAGGUUAUUAAUCAAAAAAGGAGCAGAUGUAGAUGCAGCAGAUGCCGGGAAAUAUAGACCACUGCACUUAGCAGUCAUGGGGCAACGUGUAGAAAAUACAAAAGAGCUGAUAAAGGUAGGAGCCGAUGUAAACGCAGUGGAACGAAGUAGCAAAUUUGCCCCUUUACAUCUUGCAUGCAUGGUAAGUGAGAUAAAAAUAGUAGAAGAGCUAGUGAAAGCCGGAGCAGGUGUAGAGCAAAAGGAUAAAUUUGGCAAAACAGCAAUGUAUUAUGCGAGAAAUAAUAAAGAGAUAAUGGAAGUGUUAGAGAACGUAAAAAUGGCAAAUAAACAGAGGGAGUUCAUAGAAAAAAUAAGGGAAAGUACGGCAGCAGGUGUAAAAGAAGAGCUUGUGGAUAAGAAAGUGCUAUAG